UGGCCGGUGGGCCGUGUACCCAGACUUCCUGGGACACUGGCUGGGGUUUGAGGAGGGACCUCAGUACCUACCUGGCUACAGGAUGACGCUAGCCACCAGCUUCUUGAUUUUGUGGCUCAGCCUGGGGGGUGGCCUGGCUCAGAGUGACACCAGCCCUGACGCAGAGGAGUCCUAUUCAGACUGGGGCCUUCGGCACAUCCGGGGCAGCUUUGAAUCUGUCAACAGCUACUUCGAUUCCUUUCUGGAACUGCUGGGAGGGAAAAAUGGAGUCUGUCAGUACAGAUGCCGAUAUGGAAAGGCACCAAUGCCCAGACCUGGAUACAAGCCUCAGGAGCCCAACGGCUGCAGUUCCUAUUUCCUGGGUCUCAAGAUGGACUUGGGCAUUCCAGCAAUGACCAAGUGCUGCAACCAGCUGGACGUCUGUUAUGACACUUGCGGUGCCAACAAGUAUCGCUGUGAUGCAAAAUUCCGAUGGUGUCUCCACUCUAUCUGCUCUGACCUUAAGCGGAGUCUGGGCUUUGUCUCCAACGUAGAAGUAGCCUGUGAUUCUCUGGCUGAUACUGUGUUCAACACUGUCUGGACCCUGGGCUGCCGGCCCUUUAUGAACAGUCAGCGGGCAGCCUGCAUCUGUGCAGAAGAGGAGAAAGAAGACUUAUGAGGAAGAGGUGAUUCCUUUCCCGUUUUGAGUGACACCACAGCCGUCAGUCUGGGAGAUGGUAGUACGGCAGAUGUGUCUCAUUCUUUUUUCCAAAAGUUUGGAUACCGCAAAGCAGGAGAAAGGAAACACUAUUCUACAGCUGAAAAGUGAGUCAUCGUUUGAGGAGAAUUGGAAAAAAGACAUGGAGUGAUUUGAAGACUACGCUUCACUUUAACACUGGUCUCCCCAGCCAAGACAUAUUUGCCCGGAAAUUCAGUUCUUAGUUUAAAGACUAAAACACCAGGAUUCCUGGAAUUAAUAAUUAUAUUCAUAAGUGAAAUUUUGGAGAGUCCAACCAUUUGGGAGGCAAUGACUUACUCUGGUCCAUGUUUCAGUUGCCAGUAGGCACCUCACAUUUAAUAAAGUGUACUUUUUAGAAAAUUUGAAAAGAGAUGAAUGAAUUCCAUUAUCACCAAUAUGCUUCCAUUUCACUUAGAAGAGAACAGAACCCAACCUGGUAAGUUCCAUCAAUGAUAACAGUUAUUCCCACUGGUGCUGAAGAGAUAAGAACAAGGCAAGGUCAGAGGCUUACCUGAUUAAAGCCAACGGAGGUAGAGGUCAGAUGGCGUUAGGCCUCUAAGGUUCCAUUUUUUUUCCUUCAUUGAACUAUUCCUGUUGAAAUUCCCAAUUACUAAGUGGUAUUAGUGUCCUGUUAACAUCUGAGAAGCCCUUGGUAAAAACUGCCACUGAAGACAGCUAGGAAAAUCCCUGAAAACUGAGGGGAGUGAGAGACUGAGAGCCAUUCCCUCAACUAUGGUUCUCAGCCCUGAUUGCAGAUUAGAGUCACCUGAGGAGCAUUAAAAAACCAAAGAAUCUCUGUGGGGUGUGGUACCUAGUAUUUGUAUUUUAAAAACACUCCCCAGUAAUUCUGAUGCACCUGUGAGGCCUGAGGGCCACUAAAGUCAGGGAUUGACAAAUGAAGGCCCAUGGGCCAGAUCAGGCCCAACACCUGUUUUGGUAAAGUUUUACUGGAACGCAGCCAGGCUCACAUUUGUUUACGGCUGUUCCUGUGCUAGGACAACAGAGUUGAGUAGUUGUGACAGGGCCUGUAUGGCCCAGGAAGCCUAAACUAGUUACCCUUUGGCCCUUUACAGAAAAAGUUUGCCAACCUUUGAUCUACAUCAUUUUCUCCUUUCCCUUCCUUUUGUUAAUUAAUUUCACUGGU